GUAUAUAAAGUGUCCAUACCUUGGUCGUGAUACGCAAGGAAGGAGAAAUAUUAAUUUCUUAUUUUCUUUUUCAUUGUUAACAUUAGUAUUUAUUAAUAUCGUGAGUACAGUGGAACCGCGGAUCAUUAUGGAUCAAGAAGACUAUUUAACGAUACUGAAGAUUCUCAUGAUAGGCGAAUCCAAUGUGGGAAAAUCAAGUAUACUCCUGAGGUUCACCGAGGACGAGUUUUAUGAAAAUAUGCAGAGCACGGUCGGGAUGGACUACAAGACCAAACAGAUCACCAUCGAUGGCAAUAUAGUAAAACUUGCAAUUUGGGAUACUGCCGGUCAGGAGCGAUUUCGCACUUUAACGCCGAGUUAUUAUAGAGAUGGCCAAGGCGCUAUUCUAAUGUAUGACGUUACGGAUCGAAAUACUUUUGUGAAACUGGAAACGUGGCUCAAUGAGUUGAAUACGUACUGCAAUAAAACGGACAUCGUCAAGAUGGUAGUAGGCAAUAAGAUUGAUCUGCCAAAUAGGGAAGUAAGCACUGAUGAAGGCAUGCAGUUUGCUAGACGGCAUCAGACCUUGUAUAUUGAAAGCAGUGCGAAAACGGCGGAUGGUGUAAAGUGUUGCUUCGAGGAACUUGUACAAAAAAUAAUACAAACCCCUGGUCUUUGGGAUAGUCAUUCUUUACGGUUAUAUGACAACGGUAAUAUGAGUGGUACAAGGCAUCGAUUGGGAAAAAGAGGAAUGCAACUAACCAACAAUCAUCAACAACAGGAUGUCUCAAAUUGUUAUUGCAGUUUGUUGUAAUCAACUAUGAAAGUGUUAGCGAUAUGAGUGUAUACAGGGUGUCAAGUACUUUAAAGACUGCACAAAAAGUAAAUGGAAGAAGGAUCCUGAGCAUGACACAGAGAGAGUUAAAAUAAUACAACACCAUUUCAGCUAUACAAUCAGAUCUUAUAAAACUUAUCUGAGUAGGCUUGUGCUUAUGUUAACAUCUACAUGUACAAACUAUAACACAUUAGAAACUAUUAAAUUAGUUGAAUAUCUGGCAUAAAGAUCUAUGAUGUCAAGCAAAAUUUUGUGUUCGUGUAAAUACAUAAUUCAUAAAUAUCAAAGAAACAUUCGUAGACAAAAUAACAAGCCAUUUAUAUGGAUUAAAGUCAGUAGUGUUUGUUAAUCUGACAUUUUUGUACAAGUCAAUCAAAUCUUUAUAGUCUUUCUGCUUGCUUUGUCAUUUUAUAUUUUGGCACAAUACGUUUGACACAUAUCAUUGUUAUAUCUGAAAACUGUGUACUAUAUUGUAAAAAUAUAUCUAAAAAGAACGCCG